GGGCGGAGCCUGCCCCUCGGCCGCCCCGCGGACGCGGCUGUGCGGGCUGAGCGGAGGGGACGCUCGGCGGCCUGGCCAUGACGGCGGCGAUGAGGCAGAGGUUUGACCGGUUCCUGCAUGAGAAGAACUGCAUGACCGCCGUGCUGGAGCGGCUCGAGAGCAAGACCGGCGUCAGCCGCACCUACAUCGCCAUCGCCAUCGUCGGGGCGGUGGCCAUCUACCUGGUGGUGGGCUACGGCGCGUCCCUGCUCUGCAACAUCAUCGGCUUCGGCUACCCCGCCUACGUCUCAAUCAAGGCCAUUGAAAGCCCCAACAAAGAUGAUGACACACAGUGGCUGACUUACUGGGUUGUGUAUGGUGUUUUCAGCAUAGCGGAAUUCUUCUCUGAUAUCUUUCUGUCCUGGUUCCCAUUUUACUAUAUGAUAAAGUGUGGCUUCCUGUUGUGGUGCAUGGCUCCAAGUCCUUCUAAUGGAGCAGAGUUUCUCUAUCGUCAAAUUAUCCGGCCUUUCUUCCUGAAGCACGAAGCUCAGCUCGACAGUGUUGUUAAAGACCUGAAAGACAAGGCUGCAGAGACUGCAGAUACCAUCACUAAAGAAGCCAAGAAAGCCACAAUAAACUUACUGGGUGAAGAAAAGAAGAGCACUUAAAGUAUUAACUGGAUAAAGUUUCCCUGCCACCUCCUUUGUGAAGCUUCAUGAUACUGGGAACUGUGGUAUAAAUUUAAUAAUACUGCCUUGGAAACAUUUUGAUAUGUUAAAGGAAUGUGUUCUAAGUUUGCUUACUACUUUGCUGUGUAUAGAAAGUAAGCAUUUUUAUUUAAAAGCAAUGCAGUGGGCAGCAUCCAAAGCUUAAUGAAAAUAUUUUAUUAAUCUUUAUGCGGAAGAAAUCUUUCAGUAAUCUCUUUCUUCAGGAACAUAAAUAAAAAGUAUGUAUCCCACAGGAUCUGCACUUUAGUUGUCUCUGUGUAUGUAAUUGCUCUUUACAAUUUGUGGUAUGUCUGGUAACAUUAAACUAUUGUAUAAGGAAAAUACUAGUCGGAAUGGAUCUUCUUGAAUAUACAGGGAAUUAUUGUGAGAGAUGGCAUAACAGAUGUAUUCCUCACCCAUAAAAUUAUAAAGUAUGAAAUUAUAUGUUCUAGGCACCUGAUGGUAUAGAUUAUUAACUGUCGCAUGAUUUGUUGUAACACAGUAUUUGGUACAGUGUAUUCUUAAAUUGAUAGAUACAAAAUAUAAGAAAGAUUAAUAUCAUUCAAAUGAUCAAGCUUAUAUUAGUAUGAAGUAAUUUGGCUGAAACGGAUUAAUUAAAUUUUACAAAAUUAGCACAAGAUGACUAAAGUACAACUCCUUGCCGCUUCUUGCUAAAGUUGUUAUGAGAGUGCCUUUUUAAGAUCACACUCAAAAGCACAAACCAUGUUUCGCUAAGGAGUGAUAUGAACACUUUUUCUAAAGUCCUGUUGAAAUAUUAACUGCCUUGGGUGUCGGUCCCCAGAGCUACAUCAUUAGUGGGAUGACCUGCAACCUCCAUGAGCUUUGUUUGCUCACAAUAAUCUGCAGUAUCUUUCAACUGCACUAAGAACAGCUUUGCAUGAGUGCUGAAACUCCCGAAUAGAGAUGCUGUUGUUGUUACUUGAUAUAUUCCUGACCAAUCAGUAACAAUGCAACCAAGGUUGUUAAGAAUCUAAAAGCUUUUUUGCCGUCAAUAGAAAACAUAUAUCUUUUUUUAAAAGAAAGAUUUAAAUCUGUAUUUACUUAUUCACAACCCACAGAAUUUUCAACAAAUUCAGAAUGAAUUACUGAAGUGUUGCUGUUCUUAUCUCCAUGAUGAUGUUUCUUUAAAGCCCAUUAGUAAUCCUAUGACAGUUCUUAGCUCACAGAACAUGCAGAAGGUAAGCUUAAGCUUUUCAUGUGAUAAAAAGUUAAUUCUGAUUCACAAUCUUAAAUUCAAAAGUUUUAACCUUAAAAUAGACUUACUUUUAAAGACUUUUGGCCGUGUGCAGCAACUUGAUAUGUAAACAUCACUAAAUUCUCAGAUGCAAGAAUUGCAAAAGAGUGAAGCACACAGUGCAACUCAGAAGAUCAGUUUUUAAUUUGAGAUAUUUGUAUUAUAAAGAGAUGUAAAAGUGUCUUAAAGCAUUUUGAGCUUUAAGCUGGAAAACAGCCCUUAUGGCUCUCGACUUGCACUGGGCAGUGUAAGACCCACUGUGAAUAAUUCUCUGUAGGAUAGCAGGCAGUUUGUCAUUUGAAGGAAAAAAAUGCAAAAUACCACAGCUGAUAACUCUAUGACAUCUUUUUGUUAUGAGCGAAUGUGCUGCAGAACAUAAAAGUUUACAGCAAAGUUGUAGACAUAAGCAAGCAGAAAGUUUGGACUGACUCACUAUUUAAGUGGUUUAAUCUCGUCUUACCUUCCUCUGUGUUAAACCCACUGAAUUUUUUUGGUAAGCCUAGUGCUGUGUUUUAAACAUUAUCAACUGUGUAUAUAGCAGGCAUGUGCCCAGCAUAGUUUAGUUUCACCUCUUGAAAUAAUUAAGUCAAAUAUAAAUAGAAAUAAAGAUACUUAAUAGUCUAUUUGGUUUAGGUACAGAUUUCUAUAUAACUCAGUUCUCUAAAAGCUGCUGAAAAAUCUUAAGACUUUCAGUGUCUGAAGAGGUCCUGUAGUAGAUUCAGAACUUGUUUUUAAUUUCUCAUACUACUCAACAGUUCUUAAACUGUUAUUAUUGGGGAUAAUAAUUUCUAGGUAAGUGUUAAAACAUUCUCUUACAUUUCUCUUGGAACUUAACAGUUAGAUUUUAAAUCAACUUCUUGUAUUUACAACUUGGUAUUUCCUGACUAGCCAGCUACAUUCAGUAUGCCUUUGUCAGGUUUCUACUUGAAUAAGAAUUACCAUCUGUCGUUAACAGAAUGUGAUCUUGUUUGCCUUGAUGCAAGUAGAAAUGGCUGAAUUUCUGCAGCAAGUUGUACUUUCCUGCAAGCAACUCCACUGGGCUGGCCCCACCGAUCAGUUCUCUUCUCAAAGUCUUCUUUGCAGCAUUUAUGUUCAGAUGUUAGUACACACAUCUACUCUGUGUCUCUGCUGAAGUUGUAAUGUGCUAAAUAAAAAAAUUAAAAAUAAAGAGAAUCUCACAAGACUA